AACCCAUGGUUUUUAAAUUGAAUGAGCAACGACCGGAUUUCUUCUUAAUCUUCACAUCUGUGUCAAGAGAAUCUUGCCUUCUUGGGAACCUCAGCCAUGAGUUGGAUGUUCCUCAGAGACCUCUUGAGUGGAGUAAAUACAUACUCCACGGGGACUGGGCGGAUCUGGCUGGCCUUCCUGUUCAUCUUCCGCUUGCUGGUCUACAUGGUGGCUGCGGAACACGUGUGGAAAGCGGGGCAGAGAGAGUUUGAGUGUGACGUUAGACAGCCCGGCUGUGCAAACGUGUGUUUUGACUACUUCUUCCCCAUCUCCCAGGUCAGACUUUGGGCCUUACAGCUGAUCAUGGUCUCCACGCCGUCACUGCUGGUGGUUCUACAUGUAGCCUAUCGCGAGGGCAGAGAGAAACAGCACAGGAGGAAACUCUGCGUCAGCCCAGGCACCGUGGGUGGGGGCCUGUGGCGCACCUACAUGAUCAGCCUCGUGGUCAAAACGGGCCUUGAAAUUGGCUUCCUGGUUUUAUUCUACAAGCUGUAUGGCGGCUUCCGUGUCCCCCGCCUUUUGAAGUGCGAUCUGAGGCCCUGCCCCAGUACUGUGGACUGCUUCGUCUCCAAACCCACGGAGAAGACCAUCUUCACCCUCCUCCUGGUCGGGACUUCAUGCCUGUGCGUUGUGUUGAAUGUCACUGAACUGAGCUUUUUGGUUCUCAAGUGUUUCAUUAAGUGCUGCCUCCAAAAACACUCUACAAGACUGCAGUCCUCCGCGUGUGAGCGCCACAAGCUCAGGCAUGCCGUGGGCGCUGGGACAGGGGCCCCGGCCCUGCUCCAGAGACACUCCCCAGACUCGGCCACCAGCACAGCCCGGGGAGGAGAAACCACGCUCCUCCGCGACACACGAGGCGUGACCAAGGCAAAGCCCGCGUCUCCCUCACGCAAGACCUAG